AUGAAGAGAUUCUGUUCUAACGGUAAUAAGAGCGACAAGAGAGGAAUCAUGAAUUCUAGAACCUAUGCCCCUGCAUUGCAACGGACGAUGGCAGUAAGAGGCGUUCUAACGCAGGAGAGAAUUGAACAAGCGUCCAUCUAUUCUAGAAUCAGCGAGCUACAAGUUGAAGAACUCAGGCUCUCCGAAUGGAAUGGGUUUAUCGAAUUGACGGAUGAAUGUAAAUUUGGCCUUGCGCUGUUCAAGCUUGACAGCCCAAGCGUGUCGACAAUUAUAACCGUACCCCUAAAAGAUCACCAAGUACAGCGCACUCUUCGCGUUACCAUGUUACAAGACAUCAGCGCUACACGCGUAUACUUCCAAGACGAUGGAAACGUGUGCGUUCCAAUGCCAUAUGUCGAAGUCUUCAAUAAACGCGCUAUUAUGCAAUUUGCGCAUGAGUCAAAACUGGUUGGGAAUUUAAUACGCGAUAUCAAUGAAAAGCGGUCGGCUAGGGAUAGAUGGCUGCCAAACUUCAUCAAUGAUAUCAUAGAAAUAGAGAACGUACUUAAUGAACCUAAACACGUGAAUGGAGAUCUGCCGAUCGUGUUUAACCCCAGAAAUGGUCCAAUCCAUUAUAAAACUAUUGGUCAGUACUUGAUUUUAGCUAUGUGUGAACGCAUACGAAAACGAAUCAAGCACGGGCUAGGUUUACGCACUCUGUUCUACACCAUAUCAUUAAUUUCAAGAUUCGCUUUGGACGGGAACGUUGUAUCGAUGAAUACUUUAUUAACACACGCUGCAUUAUGGAUCAGCGAGGGAACUUGUGAUGACUGUUUGAUCAAAAUGAUGAGAUUAUUAAGAGGGAAGAAUAACUGUGAGUACAAUCUAUAUCUGGAGGAUUCAUUUUCCAGAUUUAUUAAAUUCCAGAAGUGUGAGACGAUCAACUUAACUUUUGGGCCUCACUCACAAGCUGUGGAAAUAACUUCAUCUCCCGAACAUAUAAGAAGAACAUCAGUACGUACGUUUGGGACCCACGCGUUCCUAACUUCACCUGAAGCAGAUAAACGGGUGAUAGCUCAAGUGAGUUUAACACCUGGAUAUCCAGACGUUAAACUGUACUUGACCACACGUCAGGUCGUGUCCUUACGCACGAUUUUAGACUUACAUGCGCGUGUUAUACGUGCGCAUUCGUGGGAUCAAAGUGUUCACGCCUUUAACGCAUGGUUUGCAGAGAGGCGCAUAAAUCUAGACUCAAACGUAAAUGAUCUUCUAGAUAUAAUGAUCAACGAUCUUAGCGAAAUUAGAAAAAUUUAUUCCACUACACAUGCAGUCUCCUCUCAUCUAAUAUGUCUGAUGGUGAAAGGUGUACUCUCGAGAGAGAUGAUCGUGGCUUAUAAUAAAAGACCCAACGGUGAGAGGGCACAUGAUUUCCUAGUGCGAUUCGUAUUUCACGUGUCACCCUCCACUAUUACCAUGAAACAUGCAGAUCUCCUGUUCAAGCGUUUCCUAACCGCGACACCGGAAGAAAGGCGGAUGGAAAUAUCAUUCACACUAGAGAACACGAGGCAUAGUUACUCGCUAUGUCCCCCGCAGGAAGUAGGUGAAUUGUCCAAUUAUAUUGAAAAGUUGAGAGAAGAAUCAUAUAAGAAACGGAACAUGACAGAGGAAUCUCAAGAAAGUACUUCAAUAUCAUCCUGUAAUGAAGAUAGACCGACAGACUUAACUAGUCAAAAAAGCUCGUUAAGGCUCCCAGAGCUACCCUCAUUUAUGCGUAAUUCUGGAAGCAGACGUGGUAGUAGCGCGCUGAGUCUUGCUGAGGCGGACUGA